CUGCCGGUAUAAAAGGCUCGAGCCACUCCUCUCAGGCUCUUGAGUGUGGUCCCUGCUUGAGCGCAUAGAUUUGAGAGGAGGGAGGAGGCUGUGGCUGUAAAGCUGCUGCUGCUGUAGGAUACACAGGAUACACAGGAUACACAGGAUACACAGGAUACACAGGAUACACAGAGCACGGGGAGAUGGCCACCCUGGUACAGUCCGCGGAUGCGAUGGAGAAUCUGUUCACUCCAAGCAACAUCGAAUCCACGUCGACGUCCUCGUGUCCCUCACAACAUUUUAAUGACAGCAAAUUUUACUUGCUGGUGGUGAUCGGGGAGGUGGUCACAGAGGAGCAUCUGAAGUGUGCUAUUGCGGACAUAGAGAAAGGAAUCCGGUCAUGGGACACCAACCUUGUCGACUGCAACCUGGACCAGGAACUCAAGCUGUUUGUCUCGAGGCACUCAGCUCGUUUUUCUGCAGAUGUCAGAGGGCAGAGAAUCCUUCACCAUAAAAGCAAUGUCCUGGAAACAGUGGUGCUCAUCAACCCUUCAGAUGAAGCAGUCAGCACUGAGGUUCGUUUGAUGAUUUCAGAUACGUCUCGAUUCAAGCUCCUUGUUCUCUCAGGACAGUGCUCUGAAAACACUGGGGAGCUUAUUCUUCAGUCUGGAUCAUUCUCUUUUUACAACUUCAUUGACAUUUUCACUGACCAAGAAAUUGGUGAGCUCCUCAGCACUAUUCACCCUGCGAACAAAGCAAACCUCACACUCUCCUGUCCAGAUCAAGGUGACUGGAAAAACUCCAACCUGGACAAACACAAUCUACAAGACUUUAUCAACAUGAAACUGAAUUCCGCGCUCAUACUUCCGGAAAUGGAGGGUCUCUCGGAGUUCACAGAGUAUUUAUUUGAAUCUGUCGAGAUCCCAGCACCAUUUGACUUGUUAGAGCCGCCAACAUCAGGUGGUUUUCUGAAGCUUUCCAAACCAUGCUGCUACAUAUUCCCUGGGGGUCGAGGUGACUCAGCUCUCUUUGCUGUAAAUGGCUUUAACAUGCUCAUCAACGGUGGCUCAGACAGAAAAUCAUGCUUUUGGAAACUUGUGAGGCAUCUGGACAGGGUUGACUCCAUUCUUCUGACUCAUAUAGGAGAUGAUAACCUACCAGGCAUUAACAGUAUGCUACAGAGAAAAAUGGCAGAAAUUGAAGAAGAACAAUCGCAAGGAUCCACAGCAAACAGCGACUGGACAAAUAACAUGAUUUCGCCCGAUAUUGGCGUUGUGUUUGUAAAUCUGCCUGAAAACCUGACUAAUGCUGAACCAAACUCCAGAAUGCGCAGGACUCUUGAUGAAAUUGCAACGACACAGCAGUUACUUGCGAAACUGAAUUUGAGAAUCGAGUCUUUACAAAGGCCUGUUGGAAACAUAAUUGAGCCGGUCAUACUAUUCCAAAAAAUGGGCGUUGGAAAACUUGAGAUGUAUGUGUUGAAUCCAGCAAAAAACAGCAAAGAGAUGCAAUACUUCAUGAAACACUGGAAAGGCACUGAAAAGGACACUGCAUCUAUUCUCCUACCAAAUGGGAAAGAGUCUGAGUACCCAGUUUCGUAUUUGGCAUCGAUUUCCUCCCUCAUUGUGUGGCACCCAGCAAACCCUUCUGAUAAGGUUGUACGUGUUCUCUUCCCUGGUAACGCGACCCAGCAGCACAUCCUUGAAGGGCUAGAAAAGCUGAAGCACUUGGACUUUUUAAAGCAACCAAUUGUAACUCAAAAAGGAAUGGCUUCUAGUGUGCCCUCAACACCUACUCUCAAGCAAACCAAAAUGAAACAUAGGGCAGACAGCAAGGAGAGUCUUAAAUCUAGUGCAAAACCAUCACCAGUUAAGACAGGAAGGAAAGAGUCUAAAGAGGAAACUCCAGAAAAAGUCAAAACAGAUGUAGAAUCAUCACAUGAAAAAACACAGAAGAUUGAGAAAAAAGACAAAGUUGUUAUCAAAAAAAUGUUUGAUGUAGAAGCAAAGACAAAGGUAGCAUCACCAGUGAAAACUCAUACCCCAGAAAAGAAGAAAUCUGAGAUUAAACCGAAAACAGAGAAGGUUUUAAAGAAGGAACCCAAAAAGUCACUGGAAAAUAAGAAAGAGACCAAAAAAGAAGCUGCAAAAAAGGAUGAUAUACCGAAACCAGCUAAGAAAAUUGUCAAAAAGGACAUCAAGAAAGAUUCAUCAGUGAGUGAGGACAAGAAAGAACAAAAGAAGGAUUUGAAGAAACCCUCCAAAGAUGCAAAAAAAAGUGCAGUAGAGGUGAAGAAUGUCGUAUCAAAACCAAAAACACAGAAAAAAGAAACAGGGACACAAUCCAAACUGAAGGAAAAGAACAAAUCAAAGGUGGCAAAGAAAGAGUCCAGCACAACCAGCAGCAAAGCAGAAGACAUUACAGCUACAGUCACCGAAGAUCCAGAAGUGGAGAGGUCACUGAUGUCCUCACCAGAAGACCUAACUAAAGACUUUGAGGAACUCAGGGCAGAGCUGCUAACCGAAGAUGAAGCUGCAGUUCAAGAACACCAGAUAGAAGAGGUGAUGCAAAAAGAGAAUGUAACACAGACCAAAGAGUCGCCAGAAACAUUAGAAAGUGUGGAUGAGGGUAUCACCUCGACUGAAGUUGAAGAAGACAGUGGUGUAUCACCAGAAGAACAAAUGAUUAAAACCAGAACCAGUGAAAAGUUUGAAGAUGAAGGAACUUGUGUGGAAGAGACAUCUGAGGGAGGAGACUUUGAGGAGAAAGUUAACAUAGAAGAAGUUUGUGAACCACAAAAUGAUGAAAUAAACAACCAAAAGCCACCUAUUACUCAAGAUGAACUCCUUGAACAUCCUGAAGAGAAAUGUGAAAAUACUGAAGACAGUGGUGAUUUGAAUAAAAAUGUAGAAGUUCAGCCUUUAGAGGUUGUAGAUGUAGAGCAACAGUUAGCACCAGUUUCACACAAGGUUUCUUCACCAGUUUCCCCAGCAGCAUCAAUCAAAGAUGAAAUGAUUCCAGUUGGCUUUGAGAGCUCAGCUUCUGAUGAAGAUAGGGACGAACAACCAGAAGAUUUCACUGUUACAUCAGGCCUUACUCAGUCCAUAAUUGAGAUCUCCAGUGUUCCCACCCCUUUGGACGACAUGUCAACUCCCAAAGACAUAAUGAGUGAUGAAACUGCUAAUGAUGACUCACCCACACAGGAUGCUGUAAUCCUGGAAACAUCACAAUCUGAAGAGGUUGACAAACAGAAACUCGCUCCUCUUCAAAGUGAGCCUGAAAACAAGAAAUCCCUAAGUGAUGUCACUGAAGGACAUGAUUAUAAUAUCUCUGCUUCAACAAUAUCACCAUGUUCAUUAUUAGAAGAUGAUAAACUGAUAAAAGAUUUUGAAAACAAAACCGAAUGCUUUGUCUCAGUACAAGAGUCCAAUGAUCAAGAUAAUGAUGGACCUGGUGAAGCCCAUUCCCCUUUGUCCCCUUUCAUACGGUCCCCCUCUGUGGAAAGCAAGCAAAGUAAAGUGGAAAGUUCUUCAAAUUUUGCAGCUGCAAUAGAACUGUCAACUGUACUGACAAAAACAAGUUCAGAGGACAAAACUGUGGAAGAGUCAUCUUCUCCUCAAUCUUCUGGUCACACACCUUACUAUCAGUCUCCAGUUGAUGAGAAAGCAGACUCUAUUCCUCUAGCAGGUGAAGAGGGGGGAUCGCAGGGUCCUGUUAUUGUAGAGGUCACUAGUGAUCUUGAGGAUUCCUCAAAUAAAGUUACUUUAGAGCCUGAUGAACCACCACAGUUAGAGACUAAUGAAAAUGUGACAUGUGCUCCACAAAACAUAUCUCAAAUGUCUCAACCAAAAGAUAGCAAGGACGCAACACAAGUUCUAACUGGACAAAAGAAAAAUGGAGAACAUCCCCCUUGUGCAUUUUCAUCAUCAAUAUACCGACAUGAACCUGAAAAUAAUAAUUCUACAACAUUUAAAGAAGAAAGUAAAAUGUCUAUUUCUGAAGGGACAACAUCAGAUAAGUCGGGCACUCCUUUGGAGGAAGUGGUAGCAGAAGAUACAUUCUCUCAUUUGGCUUCAGCCUCCACAGCUUCGUUAGCCACAAGCUCCCUCCCAGAGCCCACCACUGACUCUCCUUCACUCCAUGCAGAAGUUGGUUCUCCACAUUCAACAGAAGUAGAUGAUUCACUGUCAGUUUCAGUGGUUCAGACCCCAACUACUUUUCAUGAAGCUGAUGGUUCUCCCACUAAAGAAGACAGCCCUAGACCAAUGUCCAUUUCUCCAGAUAUUUCACCAAAGAAUAAAAACCAAACCCAUCUGGAUACAAGAUCACCAGAGCACUCGACUGCGUCUGCUGACUUUGGGCAGGAGUCACCUGAUCAUUCACUUGCUUUGGACUUUAGUAAACAGUCACCAGAGCAUCCAUCACUUGGGAGUGGCUCACAUGCUACAGAGAAUGGCCCAACUGAGAUUGAUUACAGUCCAUCAGACAAAAAAGAUAUCACGCCAGCAGAGGAGAAACCAGUGCUUUUUGAAGAAUGUGAUGCCCGUACAACCUCUGCUACACCCUCAGAAGCCUCUCAGUCCACCCCUUCUGUCACUACCCCUUGUCAGUUGGCAGAUUUGACACAAGAUGUGACUGAAAAGAUAGAUAGGUCUCUAGAUGUGCCAAAGACAGCAUCUAUGAACAUAUCAAAUGAACCAUCUUCAAUGCUCAUUGAUCCAGCAGCUAAAGACAACCUCAGCCCUGGGUCACCUUCUGCAGAAAUUGUUGAAACAAAGACAGAUAGUCAAGAAAAGGAUAAAUGCCCCACAUCCCCAUCUUCACUGGAGAAUAGUACAUUAGAAAAACUUUCACCAUCACAAGAAUUGGACAAAAAGUCUCCUUCCAUGCAAAACAUUCCUUCCCCCACUAGUCUUCCUUUUAAAUUUGACCAAAGCAUUUGCAAUGUUCCUUGUGGCUCUGAGGACCCAGCUACCAACAGACAAAAUACUUGUGGUGCAUCUAAAACAGAUGUUGAUCUCUGCUUGGUUGCAUCUUGUGAGUACCGUCACCCAAAGACAGAACUGUCCCCAUCUUUCAUGAACCCAAAUCCCCUGGAAUAUUUUAUUAGUGAAGAAAGCACAUUUGAGGAAGAAAAGCCGCUAGCCAAAUCUGGAGGUGGUUCCCGACCUCCAGGAGGGAAACUGACUUCUAAGCAGUGUGAAGAGACCCCACCCACAUCCAUCAGUGAAUCUGCACCCUCACAGACAGAUUCAGAUGUGCCCCCCGGGACAGAGGAGUGUCCUUCAAUCACUGCAGAUGCUAACAUAGACUCUGAAGAUGACUCUGAAACGCUGCCCACUGACAGGACCCUGACAUACAGACACGCAGAUCCCCCUCCAAUGGCACUCAAGGACUCAGCUCCAUCACCUGGCCAACAUGAUGUGUGUAUGGUGGAUCCUGAAGCUCUUAAGGCUGAAGAAAAUGCCAACACAGAUGAGAGUGAAAAGCCCAAAAAGAAAAAGUUUUCAAAAAAAUCUGCACCUGCGAGUAAGACUGUGGCUCCAAAGGCCAAGGACACAAAGACGGUACUGCACAAGAAAAGUAUAGGUGAAGGAAAAGAUGCCAAAAAUGCAACCAAUACUUCAGCUUUAAGAGGUGUAAAAAGUGUCACUGGAAAUGGAAAGGGAUCGAGUGGAGCUCUGCUCAACUGUCCACCAAUGUACAUGGAUUUGGUGUACAUACCUAAUCACUGCAGUGCCAAGAAUGUAAACGCUGAAUUCUUUAAGAAUGUGCGAUCCUCAUACUAUGUUAUCAGUGGCAACAACCAGACUGCUCAGGAGCCCAGCAAGGCUGUCCUUGAUGCUCUGCUAGAAGGAAAGUCCAAAUGGGAACACAAUAUGCAGGUUACUCUAAUUCCAACACAUGACACUGAUGUCCUGAGGGAGUGGUAUCAGGAAACUCACGAUAAACAACAGGAACUGAACAUCAUGGUUCUGGCCAGCAGCAGCACUGUUGUCAUGCAGGAUGAGUCCUUUCCAGCGUGUAAAAUAGAAAUGUAGGGUUUUUACUGAAAGUAUGGAGCAGCAACAUUGAAACAUUUAGGUACAACUAAAUUAACAAAAAAUUGUAAGAUUAUUAAGAUAUCAAUUUUCUCAAAUGUGUGGAGUCAACUAACUUUAAAUCUGAUCAACUGAUUGAUGCAAAUUGAUAUUUGAUUAUAUAUGAUUUUUCAUAUUGCUGCUCACUUAAGUAUUUUUUUUUUGUAUUAUUAUUUAUUUCAUACUAUUUAUGUAUUUAUUUAAAAUGUAUGGUGGUUGUUGGAAAUUUCCAGUUUUUUUCUGAAUGUUUAUGUGUAAAAUUGCAUAAUUUCUCUACGACAGGCCUCUCCACAAGAUGUGUCUUACUUUUGAAUGUCUUUUUGAUUGUUUAGAAGAAGGGAAUCAAUUUUUGUAUUUCACCAGUUUUGCAUCACUUUAAAAUCUAAAGCACCACAUUCUGUAUGAACAUAGGCCAUAUAUGUUUCUGGGGAACACGUGCAUGGCUUUUGAAAAAUUAUGACUCACACCUGUGUUAAAUGUUUGAAGCCUUAUGCAUUUACAAGCUCUGGCAACAUUUACUACUUUAGUGGCUUCUAUUGUAUCGUUGUACCAGUAAUGGAUCAUUUGCUAGUUGGUAAGUGUAUUCAGGGAGACUGCCCGUAGAGGUCUAGAGCACAUGGUGGACCUAGAUUCAGUGACAGUGCAUAUUUGAAGACUGAAAUACUAACUGCUCUAAACUAAUACAGGAAUCACACUCAUUACAGAAAACGUUUGGUGGUGUUCUAAACAAGGCACAAAGGUUUACUGAAGAUCUCAGACAUAGAGACAAUAAUCUAUAACCUAAAUAACCUUGCAACCUUUGAGAAUGCCAAUUUGAAAUCUCUUGCAGCCCUAUAUAUACAAACAUGGCAAAACACAGGGAAAUUAGCGUUCAUUUUGGUCAACCUUACUAUAAUCAAAACCUGCAGACAAAGCGUGUCAUUCACUCCACAAGGCUUCAGCAGCAACAACCCAACAGACUUUCCACAGACGAUAUGAGCAAAAAUCAUACUGUCUUUCACGAGGCCUCUCACCUCUGUGCAGAUCUGGAUUAUCUGCAGCUGUGUAUUUGUCCUGUAAUCUUCUGGUCCCUAAAACCAUUUGUAACUUAGAGCAAUUGUAUUUGUUAGCGCUUGAUGUGUGUGUUGCAAUAUUUCCUUACUCAACAAAUCUGUAAAAGGUCUCAAGUAAAGAACAAACAGUCAAACAGAAUAAAUAAACAAUUUAAAACCC